AUGUUCUUGUUGAACAAAUUGCUGCGUACGUUUCCGAUAAACGGUUCGAAAGCUGGCAACCUUUUGUGUCUGAUUCUGGCAGCAAGGCCGACCACGCCUUACAGGCUGAGCCAACGUGUUUUGCUAGCUCGCGGAUGUCACAUGAUGCUUGGCACCUCGCUGAACGUCACAAUCGACAAUACUUUGCCUCACUGGGUCAGGACGGCCACCGACAUUAAGAUAUACCAAGCGAAAAGCGACACUGAGUUGUGGGAUGUUUGCAGAUCGUCGGAGUUCACCGUCUCUGAAGUCGUGAGCUUUCUGUCUGCGCUUUCUAAAUUCAUUCAGCCGGGUAGUACGGUAACGGUCGACCAGAUUCAGAAGCCUUACUCCACCCUGUACGAACAAUAUCUAUCGCUUCAAAGCGGUGAGGUGAUGCUGGCCCUGCGUUCAUUAUUGACCCUUGGCAUACCGGCCGACGAUAACCUGGUGAAUUUACUCAGGAUCAGAUUGGUCGCUUGUCUCCAUCACUUUGGACUGGCGUCGUUGAUCAUGUUCGCCUGUUUCCAUGUCAGAUAUGCCACCGUUUCGUCAGACGGACGACAGUGCCAGCAACGGCUGAUCGAAGUCAUUUCUAGUCAACUGGACCAGGUGGUCGAAAUCAAAUUGCUGCUAUUGCUGAUGACCAAACUGGACGCCGAUCUAAAGCUGAAGAACUUGCUGCACAAACGCAUGCUGUUUCUGCUAGAAGCGAUGGACAGCGAAGAACUGCUGGAGUUCGUUCAGGCUCUGUCUCUCAAGCAGCAGAGGAUGCUGCCGCUUUUGACGUAUGCCACUGAGCGCAUUGGCAAUGCUCCUGAAACACUGCUGCCAAAGCAGGCCGCCGACCUACUGUCAUCCUUAGUCAGAUUGAACUACCGCAGUCUGGCUUUGUCGACUAAGCUGUGCAACGACCUCAAGCGGCACCUGUGUGCCAUUACCGAUUCCCAUCUCCUGAACCAGAUCGUCUUCUGUAUCGGUAUGCUACGGUUCGACGAUGAGGAGCUGCUUAACCGAAUCUGUGAAUGGUACCACAAGCACGAUGCCGACCUACAGCCAAACGACUACUGUCCGUUGCUGGUCACGCUGGCUCAUUGCAACUUUCGCUACACGCUGAUCGGCGAGUUGAUCGACAGAGUCCACCGUGACGGCGUACAGAGUGAUGCUCAAUGGUUGAACUUUGUCUGGGCAUUGUCCGUCCUGCGGCUCCUGUCAUCCGAUAACGCCCAGUCGGUCUUGUCGCCUCAGUUCGUCAGCCGGAUCCUCGGUGAGCUCGGUUUUCCGAACUGUCUUAUGUUUUUUCUUUCUAGCAUUUUUCAGAGAAGUUCAAAAAUUUGA